CGCAAACCACAAGUAAACCGAGCACUCGACCGGAUGUGUAUGGUGGCUUGGACUUACACCUCGAUCACCUCUUCCAUGCAGUUUACAUCACGGAGCUAUAAUCCGGUGUGCUGGCGGCAUAUCGCACAAGGGACCUCGAGGGACUCGACGCACCUAAGCGCACCCACUGGCAGGUACAAGAACUCCGUCUUCAGAACUCGUACAUAUCGAAAGUACUUGUGCAAGUUUUAGAAGUCAAUCUCAUCGCAAAGUCAACAUUUUUCAUCCUUCCACUGCUUCAAAUUAUUAUGAUCUUCAUCGAGCGCCUACUAUGUGUGGGAGCAAUCAAACAAUCGGCUGUUCCAAAAGCCACAGCCAAUGCGCAGAAACUCAUACUCGCUCUCUUCAGUUUGGUGUACAUUUUAGUUGACGGGAUCAAACGAAUAUAGCCGAAGGCGGCGCCCACAGCUCUCAUAGGCUCUUGCAUCAACAUCGAGUGUCCAGAUACACCACUGAUCGCAGCUUUUACCGGACGUCCGUACAGUUUAUAAACUGAUACACCGAGGACAAGUAUUCGGUAACGCAGGUCGUUUCUUUCUCUCCUUGUACCCUAGUUUCCCUUCCUUGAUCAUGUCGGCUGGUCCGGCUGAAGGUCUUCAGCUCGUUCGUUACUUCAAUCUCGCAGGCGCCAUCAUACUGCUUUACGACCAUCUCCUUACAUCCAAAUGGGAGGCUCAGUAUUACCUGCAAGGCCGGCUGGGUUUUGCGAAGAUUAUCUUCAUUGUUUGCAGAUACUUGGCUUACCCUGGAGUGGCCAUGGCAGUGCAACUCUUGCGUGUAGUCAGCAUCCUUCUCGCAGAAUUCCUCUUAUGCAUACGAAUAUGGAUCCUGUGGGAGAGGAGCAAACGCAUGCUAUAUACGCUCGUGGGUGUUGCAACGCCUCUAUCUUUCGGACCGGCAUAUCAUUUCUGCGCCGACCAGGUGUCUCUUAACGCCUCCAUAGUUGCUGCCAUCGUUGCCUCUUAUGAGAUAGUAUUAUUAUUGCUGGUCCUUUUGAGAUGGAGAUAUCUGCGGAAGUGUAACAGUGUGGGUACCCUCACUAGCCUCCUUGUGAAGGACGGGGUCCUUUAUAUUGUUGGCGUCAUUGCCAUAUCCCUGACGAUCGUGAUAAUUGGAUUUACAUUUUCGACACCCGAAGCUUACUUCCGAGACUGUAGCCAGAAUACAGCACCAUGUUUGAAAGGUUUCGCAAUAGGGGAUCCAGUGGGUAAAGAUACUGAUACCUAUAACAGCAUUCAAGUAUCCAUACACAGUGCCAUGGCAUGUCGCAUCAUGCUUAACUUGGUGAAGAAUGAUAGAGAGACUCAUAGCACGACGGCCAAGGGAGAUGAUUUCAAUAGCGUAGUAUUCGCAGGACCUCAAGCUACGAGCCGGCACUCGAGCUCGAGUGACUUGUCCGCAUGCGCUGUUUGA